AUGGAAGUUGAAGAUGACGUCGAGGAUGGCUAUGACCUCCUUGUUGACAGUGAUGACGACGAUUAUUACGAUGAAGAAAUGGAGGAUUCAAGCUGGAAAGUUCGAAGGGGCGCUGUACGUGUUGUUGAUAGCAUCAUUCGUGGCUACCCAGAAAAACUCCAGCGUCUCUACGCCUUGCUCUCCUAUAGUCUUGUCAAUCGUCUGCCCAAGGAAACAAAUGAAACUACAAUAGUGGACAUUAUUACUUGCCUGUGUUCUUUCAUAAAGGCGACGGCUUUGAAAAAUGUGAGCACACUGAAAUUGAAAUUAGAAGAAGAAAUGUCAUCUCCGAAGUUAUUAACCCGCCUUCUGCCUAAACUCUUCAUCAACUUGACCCCCUUCCUCCUUUCCUCCACCAUUAAACGAGAUAAGAGCAAGACGGCUACCUUGAGGAUGAUUCCGAAUCUGCAUCCGCUUUGUAUAACAAUGAUCAAUCGUCUAGCUACCACCUUACCGGGUUACUUAGGCGAUCAUCUUGAAUUGAUCUUCAAAAUGGUUGAACAGGACUUUAAUGAGGGUGCUGAGAGAAACACUUGGAAGAUCGAUCUCUUGAAGCUGUUGGUUCAUCUCGUUAAAACUCAUGAAUAUGCAACUUAUGCUAAGUUUGCCGAUCAACUUAAUUCGGUUUCCAUAAAGGCCUUAUCAGAUCCGUUUCACCGCAUUAGAUCGGAGGGAAUGGAAUUCGUUCAAGUUCUUGUUCAAAGGCGACCUCUGCACGAAAACGUCAAUCUUACUGGGCUAUUUCCCGCAAUUCUAAGCCAAUUUAAUGAACGUAAAAAUGACACUGACCUGAAGACCAAAGUCCUCACUACCAUGGCCGUGUUCAUUGAACACGUUGGACAAGAUAUUCCGGCGGAAUCUAUCCUUCAGUGUUUAAAGGUCUAUGAGGGCUAUUUGGAUGAUACGAGCUUGGCGACUACCGCUGUUGGCGGCUUGACAAGAAUUUACGGAAGUCCAACGAGUGUGAAGCAAUGCCUUGCUCCACAAGAAGUUAUGCGAAAGCUAGUUUCCAUGUUAGAUUGUCCCGGUACCGAAUUUGUUGUAGCCAUCUUGCAGUGUCUCACCAAGGUCUGCAACACCUUCCCCCGCGAUUUUAUUCUCAACGAAAAUAGCAAUGAUAAUGUUUCAGGCGUGCUUGCCCAGCUUCCUCUCUUCUUAAACUCUGCCUUCCCACAGAUACAGCAAGAAGCUUUGGAAUUGGCUUCUGUCCUCUUGAAAAAUUGCGCUAAAACUGAUGUUGUGCAACAACUCAAAGUGGCUGAUUCCUACAUGCAAAAGAACUUCCUUGAGCCAGUUGUUAAUUUGGCUAAUUCAAAUAUCACCCAACCAGCUUUGUUGACUGCUUUAGUGCAUCUUGCACAGAGUAUUGGCAUGUUUAGUCCUGCGAAUCAUUCUCUUAGUGUCCAGUUUAUGCUAACGAAAUUUGGGGAGCAAAUUUCACGCUUAACAUCCCUAGAAGCCGACAAAGAUUUUUAUGAAAUCAAGGAUGCGAUCCCUACUCUUUCCAGGGUUUGUUCAGAGUUAGUCCUCCAGUUAACGCGAUACGGCCAACUGAAUUCAAUGGACUCUACUCUAGAAACAAUGAGUCGUGAAUUGAAGCAAAAGGAUUUUCCCUUUGCCAAACGCUACUUGUAUAUACUCAUCUUUGGAGAUAUUGGCUCUAGAGCCGACAUAAGUCAUCUCGGGGAUGUUUUUGAUGUCCUGAUGGAUCAUGUGUCGUUGAAGGACUGCGUGCUUUCUGAUGAAUACCUUGCAAAGUUGAAGGAGCCGGCUACAGCACAACCAAUGGAAGUUCAUGGUGCUAGUUCUUCAUCCCCCUUACCUACCCAGGAACCGGUUCAGAAAAAGUCACCAGCUACAAUCAGUGAUGGAGGCUUCUAUCAGCUUCGAAUGCUGGCGGCCGAAUCGAUUGGUCGGAUCAUUUCUGGGGAACCAGAGGCUAUGAUUCAUGAACUGUUGCAGUUCUUUGAACCGGAGUAUAUUGCUGAUGGAUGUACAAAUCAGAACCUUGUGCAUUACUAUCUCUUUCAGACACUAAAACAGACCGUCGUCAAUUUGGUGAAAGUACGCAAAACUGAACACCUUUUCAAGAGGAUAGACGAAUUAUGGCGUAUCAUCAUUUCUCAGGCUGGACACAAGGAGGAAGGAACCAGAGAUGUGGUUGCUGAAUGCCUUGGCAGGGUCACUUUCCUCCAACCCGAAGAACUGGUUCCUAGACUUCAUCGAGAGGGUGAAGGUUCUUGGAGUCUACCCGAUUGGAAACUCGACAUUGUCCGUCUCUUCAUUAUUGUGCCAAUUACUUGUUACGAGGUCGAUACGAAGGCUAUGACAAAUGUUAAACGCAACGAAUUAACCAGAAUUUGCGCUAGUAGACUUAAGUUAUUGUAUAACAGAAGCCAAUUUGUGUGUGCGAGAGAGAAAGAAUGA